AUGGCGGCCCAAUCGAUGCUCACAAACUGGAUCAGGGGCCAGAAGCUGAAAGCUCCCCAGAUGAAGAACGCGAGGGUCUUUGACCGGAACCUCGAAGAAGCUCUGGACGUCCGCAGGGCCGAUCACGCCAUGUUCACACCCAAUAUCAGCGCCUGGAAAAGCAUGGAGGGCGUCGAUUUCUGCUCCAACGACAUACUGCACCUCGGCUCCACGGGCCAGAUCCGAGCUGCCUUCGAAGAGGAGCUCACCCGACACCCCAAUUACAACCUCUACUCGGGGGACGUCCGCAUGCUGGACAGGAACUACGAGUACAUCCAGCAGGUGGAGUGUGAAAUAGCAGAGUUCCACGGCGCCGAGACCGCGCUCAUCGUGAACUCGGGCUUCGAGGGUAACGGGGCCAUCUUUUGUGCCUUGCCGCGACCGGGCGACGCCAUUGUCUACGACGAGCUUGUUCACGCCAGCACGCUGGACGGCAUGGCAUUCCGCGAGGUCUUGUCGGAGAUCGUCGAUUCAGAGCGUAUGAUCAGGGAGGGCACGCGGUGCGUGCUCGUGGCAGUUGAAUCCGUCUACAGCAUGGACGGGGAUGUGUGUCCUCUAAGGGAGCUUGUUGAUGUUGCCAAGGAGAUUUGUCCUAAAGGGAACGUCGAGUUCAUCAUCGAUGAAGCUCACGGCACGGGCGUUGUGGGUCCCAAGGGUGCGGGCUCGGUGAAUGCCUUGGGCAUGGAGAAGGAGAUCGCUGUCCGGUUGCACACGUGCGGCAAGGGGCUGGCCUCUACUGGCGCGGCGAUCCUUGGCAAUGCCACUGUGCGGGCUGCCCUGACAAAUUUUGCCCGCUCUGUCGUCUACACAACCGCACCGACCUUUCUCAUGAUAGCUGCCAUGCGAGCUGGAUAUAACCUGCUGCGCUCUGGCAAAAAGGAAAAGGCUCAGGACAACAUUCAGCAUCUCGUCAAGAGGUUCGUCAACGCCGUAAGAGCCAACCAAAUCUUCCAGAAGGCGUCUGAAAUGGGCAUAGUAUGGGUCCCGUUGUGCGAAGAUAUGGAGGAACGCGACUUCCUCGUGCACAUCGUGCCCAUAAGGACGCGGCAACGCUACAGCUACUGGCUUGCGUUCCACCUGCAGCUCGACGGGUACUGCAUUCUUCCUAUAGACUACCCAGUGGUUCUCAAGGGUCAGAGUCGCCUUCGCUUGAUUGUCCACGGGGCCAAUACCGAGGAGCAGAUCGACGGCAUUGCGAAGGCCACAUGUGAGUGGGCACGUGAGAUGGUCGACAUCGAGACGGGUGCCGACGCCAGUUCCAAGAUAGCUAAAUCUGCUCAGCAGGUAUAUUGA